UAUGAAAUUAUUAUCCCAUGACAUUGUAAAUUAUUGUAUAAUUCUAAAUAAAUUGUUACCGAUGAAAACAGUUCGAAAUCCUGAUCGACACUGAUUUUUUAAAUGUUUAGUAUUUACAAAUCAACACUUUCUUCAUCCUUCGCGAGUGUUUUGGUUCUACUAAGAAAAUUAUCUUCCGAGAAAGUUUAGUUGUAAAUGCAUUCCGAUAGAAUCAGCGGAAACAUAAGAGUGGCACGAGAAACGAUUCGAAAAUUAUUUAUUUAAAAAGUAAUUUUGUCAAGUCUGUUAAUUGGCAAAUCGUAUUGAUUACUUAUAUUCGCUACAUAUUUGACUGUUUAAUAGUAGACAUGAAAGAAGGACACAAUGUAUCCAACGUAAUGAACGACGAUUGCGUCCAUGAAAAUGGAGAGGCAGUUAGUACAAAGGACUCCCCUGCAAGGCAAAAAUUGCGUGGAUGGCUGAAUCGAAAUUUACGCAUAAAAAUGACAGAUGGUCGAGUAUUAGUGGGUGCAUUUUUAUGUACCGAUCGUGAUGCUAAUGUGAUUUUGGGAUCGUGUUCAGAAUUUCUAUCCGAGGAUCAUACAGAAGCAAGAACUCUUGGUUUGGCAAUGAUACCUGGUAGACACAUUGUAACAAUACAUCUUGAUGCUUGAGCA